CUGGCCAGCUAAGACCUGUCCUAGGUUACUAUUAUGGUUAUAUAUGUAUGCACCAAAACCUGCCAAUAACCUCAGUACAGUUCUUAUGUUCACAUGUUUAAGUAAAAAGCAGAGUUUGCCUGUAAUUAAUGUUUCUGAAUGUGAAUGUUAUAACAUUUAUCUGCAUUGUGUUAGCAGAAGCAGAAAAAGAAAAUGUACCUUUAAGAACCAUUAUAUAGGUAAGCCAAUCAUAGCCAGCCUCACACUGCACAAGAGCCUCAACCAAUCCCAGUCAGCUACACAAUUGAUCUGUGUGGGAGUUCCCCUAGCCAGAUCUUUCUGAGGCCAUUACUUAUCAGACAAAGGGAAGAAACAGAGAGUUCCAGUCAGAGAUAAGUUUUAUGGAAGCAGAGAAGGCCAAAUAGUUCCACCAAUUUCAGACCUAUCCAAGUGCCAAUUUCAGAACAAUCCGAGUGCCAAUUACAGACCAAUCCAAGUACCAAUUACAGACCAAAUACAGAUGCAAUUACAAAUCCAAAUGCAAAUACAAAGGUGAAUUGCUUACUGCUGAUAUAAAGCAAAUGCACAGUCCCAUACCAAAGUUCUAUACCUGAGAGUCAAAUACAUCCACCAUCUUAAGUUAUCUGUUAACUGUUGAACUGCCUUUUAUGGUUUUAUUCACCACGUGUUUGUACAUGGAAUAUCCGCUGCACAAGCAGCAGUGUUAUAUGAAGAAAGUUGAAGUUAUUAAAGAAGUUAUUUAAAAGUAUUGGUGUGUUCUUUAAACCUACUGCCUCCAUAGAACGGCGCUAGAGGAAUUACAGAGUAAAAGAAAGUCUGAUUAGACUAAAGGGACAGAGAUUUUAUAAUUCUUCUAAUGCCACAGCGCACAAGGCACUGUGUAGUGCUGCGCCUGCCACAGUGGAACUAUAACCUUCUGAGGGCAAAGCAAUAGUGCUCCUCAAUUUGCACAGUAAAGAGCGCAUUAGAGAAGCGGAGUGCCAGCAUAUACCGACAAGCAGCAACUGUUCCCUGAGUGAGCACGCAGAGAUACCUCAGCGGAGCUACCAUACAGGCCAUAGAACGUGGGCAUUAGUCAGACUGCAGCCGACUCUUAAAGUGGCAGAACAGCUAAGGCAAGAUAGUCAGAAAAAGAGCACCAACCCUCAUGCAAUUCAUAGAGAGAGAAAGAGACGCAUGGUGGGAGGCCAGAGUCCAGAGCUAGAGUGUCCGCACCGCUAUCCACCAACAGACUACGUGUUGAAUCCAGCUAGUUUCCCACAACUAGGCCCAAAGCUUGCAGCAGCGCAUCGCAAGUCAUCGCAGAGCAUCGCAAGUCAUCACAGAGUAUCGCAAGUCAUCACAGAGCAUCACAAGUCAUCGCAGAGCAUCGCAAGUCAUCGCAGAGCAUCACAAGUCAUUGCAGAGCAUCGCAAGUCAUCGCACCAAGGAAAGACAAGUCUCCUUUAAGAUUGACAUUUUUUCCUGCAACCUUCAGAUCACAGUAUCCUGCUCUUCAAAUAAGGUCAGAGCUUUCCUUUUUAUAACUUGUCCUUACACAUAGGUUUUCCAAGAGACAUCUUUUGUGUUCAGGAAAAACAGACUUUAAAGCAAAAAGGACAAUUUAUAGUAUAUGGACUCUAAAGUAUUUAAAGUGAAUGUCAUUUAUUCCUGCAUCUACUGCCAUUACAUUUAAAGUGAAAGUCAUUUAUUUUUUGCAUUUGUCAGUAUUGCAUUUAAAGUGACAGGUCCUUAUCUUCAUAUUAAUUAUUAUAGCAUUAAAAAAAAAUGGCUGAGCCUAGUAUUACCACUCCACCAUAAGAGGAUGCAGAGAUAGAUAUAGUAGAAGGUGAAGAGCAAGAGAACCUGUCUGAGUUAGAAAGAUCUAAUGUAACAGUAGUCUCGCCCCAAACAAAUAUAGCUCAAACAGGUGAACUAAGACGUUCAUCACGUGAUAGAAAACCGACCCAAAAGGUGCUAGAAAAUUUAGAGCAAGAGGCAGCGCUGAAAAGAAAAAGGUUUGUCCGAAUGUAUGAGAGGUGGAAAUUAUACAUUAUAGGCAUUCGUAAAAAGCUAAAACAAGAAAGCAUAAAAGGGAACCUGUGUGAAAUGAUAGUAUCUGAGUCAGAGUUUAUGGCAGCAUAUGUCAACCUGCGAUCGUCUAUGACACCUUCCCAGGAUAUUGUAAGGAACAUGGACACAUGUACAGCAGUCACUAGGGAUUUAGCAAAGCUCAUGAGAGAACUAUCAUCUGCAGCAAACUACGAUGAAGUUAAGGCACGAAAGGGAAUGAAUGAGUUCUUCAAGAGAGACUAUGCCAGGUCCUUAGGGGGAACCACAAUCUCAAGUGCGACUUCCUUCGCUAGCAGAAGUACCAGCCAAAUAUCAGAGUCCUCAAAUACUUCAGCCAAAAGAAAGGAAUUAGCUGAACAACUAGCUGCCAAGAGAGCAGAAGUAGAGAUGGAAUCUGCCAUUGAGAUGCAGCGUCUACGGAUAGCCGAAAUGGAUGCACAACGCAAUAAAAUGGAAUCUGAAAUGAAAAGUCUGGAAAGGCAAAAGGAAGUUAAGAUUAUAGAAGCCAGACUCAGAGUACACGAAGAGGAUAUGAAUCAGGGUAGUCAUAGGUCCAAAUCGUUACUAAGUGAAGAAGCCGAUUCCUACUUUCUUCCAUACACCCAGGAGAAUGGAAGGAAAUCUCCAGCAUGUUGUGAAAAAAUAAGUCGUAGUCCUUCCAUCCCUGCUCAGAGAAACAAAGAGAGAGACUCACCUAAUUCAGAACCAAGUGAGAAAAUAGAACCAGAUAACUCUAUCCCCGUAUGUCAUGGCAACGGACACGAGGAUGUUACAGCUGUUGUCCCAGCGAGACCCCAGAGAAGAUUCCUCACUAGACUUCCUGUUCCGGAACCUACUGUAUUCUCUGGAGACGUACUGAAGUUCAUAGAGUGGAAAGCAAGUUUUGAAAUGAUCAUUGAGCAUCAUUGCUUCCGUCCAGUUGACAAGUUAUUCUACCUUCAGAGAUAUACUGGCGGAGAAGUAAAGAAAGCUCUUGAAGGUAACUUCUAUAGGAAAGAUGAAGAAGCCUACAAGCAAGCCUGGGAAAAAUUAAAUGCAAGAUAUUGUCAUCCCUUCUUAGUACAAAGAGCCUUCAGAGAGAAAUUAAUAAACUGGCCUAAAAUAGGUCCUAAAGAUCACUUCAAACUCCAAGAGUAUGGUGACUUCCUGCAAGCAUGCAGCAAUGCCAUCCCACAUGUUCAAGGACUAGAAGUACUGAACGACUAUCUAGAAAACCACAGGAUGCUAACCAAGCUACCUGAAGAAGUGGCUUCUAGAUGGAAUCGCUAUGUGACUAAACAGUUAGAUCAAGGCAAAAACUUCCCAAGUUUCAAAGAGUUCUCUGUGUUUGUCAAUGAGGAAGCACGGAUAGCAUGUAAUCCAGUAACAGCAUCUUACGUCUUGAAACCCUUAGAAGAAAGGCCUGCAAGAGAGACAAAACGCGCAAGAGCAACUAGCUUUACAACCAACACAGCUACUAAAGGUCCAGAUACCUAUGAGAGCAAGUUCAAAGUCACUACUGGGAUCAGUAAAGAGUUAGAACCGACAAAUCUUCAGACUACCUUCAAGUGUAUGUUCUGUGGAGAGAACCAUUCUAUACAUAAGUGCCAACAAUUGAAGGAAAAGUCUCCAGAUGAAAAGAAGAAGUUUGUUCUUGAUAACCAACUGUGUUUUGGAUGUCUAAGAAAAGGCCAUGUUACUAAGGAGUGCAAGAAAAAGGCCACAUGCAGCGUUUGUAGAGGACGCCAUCCCACACCACUACAUGAAGAGCGUCCAAAGAAAGAGAAAUCCUUAAUGCCCAGAGAUACUGAGGAAGAAAAGAAAGUAUCAGUAUUCUCUUGCAGAGUGAGGGAAGGAGAAAUCAAUGGCACGUCAAUGGUUGUACCAGUGUGCAUUUCAAAUCCUAAAAGGAAGAACAAGAAGGUAUACGCCUAUGCACUACUGGAUGCUCAGAGUGAUGUCACCUUCAUUGAUCAAGAAAUCUGCAAGAAAUUACAAGUGGCUACAGAACCAGUGAAACUCAAACUCACCACAAUGACGGGAAGAGACACAUGAGAGGACUUCAUUCAAACUGCGUAUUAGAUCUACCUCCAGCUUAUACAAAAGACGACAUACCUUUAGAUCGAGACCGCAUACCUACCUGUGAAACA